GAGCUUGCAGUGGCCAACACGAUCGCCAAGCUCAAGCAGAAGCAGAAGGCGCUCAAGGUCGCGCACAAGAAGAUUAAAGCACUCGAAGCCGAGAACGCCAAGCUCAAGAACACGAUCGCCAAGGGCGGCAUGAGUAUCCCGUCAGUUUUCAAGAGCUUCUACGGCAACAAGGGCAAAUCAGCGACGACGGCGACCAACGGCAAGACGGUCACCAACGGCACGUCGCGGCCAGGGCUCAACCGCGUCGAGAGCAAGGCCCGCGUCGAGUCGUUUAACCAGGACUCGCUCCCGGAGGCGCCGCUGCCGAUGGGCUGGGAAGCCAAGGUCUCGCGCAACAACGGCAAGGUGUACUACGUCAACAAGUCGCUCGAGCUCACGCAGUGGGACCGUCCGACGAUUGAGACGCUCAAGCUCAUGAAGCAGAAGAAGGCGCAGGAGACGACGGCGGCGGCGGCGACACCCGCGGCGCCCGUCGUUUCGACAACAGCAGAGUAG